AAGUGAGAAGUGGGAAGUACGGAAAACCCAUGUAAGAGAGAAAAAAAAAGGGCGAAGGGGGUGGAAAUAGUGGAAGGAACCCCUGGGAGAGAGGGAGGGCAAGUCACGUCGAGGAGGGGCCACCACGUGAACCGCCCGCAUUCAUUCACUCAUUCAUCUAGCAGCCCCUCCCCCUCUCUCUCUCUCUCUCUCUCUACUAUUCUUUCUCUUCAAAACUAUUUCUUCUCUCUCUUUCUUUUUCUCUCUCUCUCUCUCUCUCUCUGUACUCUACUCUCUUUUACAGUUUCAAUUUCACCCCAUUCAUUACUUUUUUUUUACGUCCCAUCCCUUCCCACUUUCUCUCUUCUCCAUUCUCCAUUCCAAAACCUCCUUCCUCUUCAUCCGCAGCACCAAAACCCCAAAAAGGCAAAAAAGAAGAAAGGAAACGUCAAUACCAUCGCACCAGAAAUCCCUAAGGGGAUUGAGAGAGAAAGAGUCAGUUAGAGAGAGAGAGAAAGUGAGGUGGAAGUUUGAAAGAGGGAGAGGAGAGGUGAGGAUUAUGGGCGGUUGAGAUAGAAAGCUGUAGAGACAAUUGGUGGGGGAUAGAGUUGGAAGGUAAAUAGAAGAAAUGAUGGAUGAAGGUGGCGGUGGCGGUGGCGGUGGCGGUGGCGGUGGCGGCAGCGCAGGCCCCGGCGAGGGCUCCGGCACUGGCAGCGUAGCGGAAUCAUCCUCCCCUGCUCCGCCGAGCCGCUAUGAGUCGCAAAAGCGGCGGGACUGGAAUACCUUCCUCCAAUACCUCAAGAACCACAAGCCCCCACUUUCUCUCUCUAGAUGCAGCGGCGCCCACGUGAUAGAGUUUCUCAAAUACCUCGACCAGUUUGGGAAAACAAAGGUCCAUCUCGUUGGGUGCCCCUACUUCGGGCACCCGAGCCCGCCGAACCCAUGUGCUUGCCCGCUGAAGCAGGCCUGGGGCAGCCUUGAUGCGCUGAUCGGGCGGCUGCGGGCCGCGUACGAGGAGAACGGGGGGCGGCCCGACGCCAACCCUUUCGGAGCACGGGCAGUGAGGAUUUAUUUGAGGGAGGUGCGGGAGUCGCAGGCCAAGGCGAGGGGCAUUCCUUAUGAGAAGAAGAAGCGAAAGAGGCCUCCGCCACCUGCCGACCAGGGAGCAGCCUCGGGUGAGCCUAAUUCCGCAGGCGGCGCCAGUAGUGGUGGCUCGGUGCCUCCGGCUACAGCUGCCAUUCGCCUUCCACCACGAAGACCUCCCGAUGAUUGGUGAUUGGUUGCCGUUUUUGAUUUGUUGAGGGUUUUCAUUGGAUCGAGACUUUUGGAGUUUCUCUUGGGGACGGAUGCGAUUUGCUCAUCGGCAUCUCUACUCUCUUUAACUCCGUUUCUCUGUCUUCGAGUUUACUGAAUUAUACCCCGAUAAUAUACUUUCUCUCUCUAGAAAGUUUACAUUGUAGAUUUGUGCAUGGCGGGGAGUGAGUUGAUUAUGUAAAUGAGAUAUACGUCUCCUUGUGGGUGUUCCUUUCUUGCAUGAUCUUGGACAUUUCUCCAUUUGUAUGGCAGGAGCAAUUAUUUUAGUGGAAUGGUGAAUCCUAACCAGGCGAAUCGGGCAGUUUCUCUCUCUACAA